UCUUUUUAUUUCCUUUUGAUUUUGGGCUUUUCCAAAUCCCAAUUCACGAAUUUUGUUCCGUGUGUUAGGUGGAGAAGGAAAUAGUUGGUCUGUUAAUGAAAAAGCUCCAAAAUUUGUGAGAAGAAUUUGUUUGAGAAGUACCAAGUAUUCUUAGUUUCUCAUCGAAUCAGUUAUUGUGGUGGUUCAUAAAUGAAGAUGAUUUGGAGAGAUAUGGUGUUGUUGAGGAGCAAAAUUGGUGCAAUUCCACUUGUUCAUUCUUCUGGUAUUCUUCUUCCUCUCUUUCCUCCUUUCUUUUCUUCCAAUUUCAGUUUCCAUUUUCAGUUUCUAUUUUCUUGUCGAAAUUACACGAAUGGUGCAACAAAUCAUCAUCUUCAUUUUCAUGUUGAUGACCGUCAAUUGUUUCUAAAAUCUGUGAGACAUGAAUGCAAAUUAGGGUUUCACAAGAUUAAUCAUCCCCUUUCUCUGUUUGAUGCUAUGAUAUCUUUGAGUCCUCUUCCUUCUACUGGGGAUUUCUGUAUGCUUUUAAGUGCAAUGUGUAAGAUGAAACCCCACCCCCCUUUCUCCACUGUUAUCUCUCUCUUUAGGCAGCUUCAGCUGUCCGGCAUCUCACCCAAUCUUUAUUCCCUGUCCAUCCUUGCCAAUUGUUACUGCCGCUCUGGUCGUGUUGAUUUCGGGUUUUCUGUUCUCGCCAAGCUGUUUAAGUUUGGCCAUCAACCUGAUAUUGUCACUUUCAAUACAUUGAUUAAUGGGCUUAUUCAUUCUAAUCGACUGGACGAAGCUGUUCAAGUGCUCGCUAAGACCAUCAAGCUUGGCUUCCAACCUAACAUCAUGACCUACGGAACUAUGUUUAAAGGUCUCUGCAAACGAGGAAACAAUGUUGGUGCUCUUAAGUUGCUUAGGACUAUGGAAUCCCAUGGCCAUUACCUGCCUGGUGCUGUCAUAUAUAAUACCAUCAUUGACAGUCUCUGCAAAGAUAAGUUUUUAUCUAAAGCCCUCAAACUUUUUGAGGAGAUGAAAAACAAGUGUAUUUCCCCUGAUUUCAUAACUUACAAUACGCUAAUUCGCGGUAUGUGCACUCUGGGGAAGUGGAAAGAUGCUCAAGAGAUGUUGACUCAGAUGUUGGACAACAACAUAGCGGCUAAUGUGGAGACCUAUACCAUGUUGAUUGACAUGUAUUCCAAAGAGGGAAUGGUUGUUGAAGCAAGGGCUAUAUUUGAUUUCAUGAUUGACAAUGGUCAGGUUCCAAAUAUCAUCACUUAUAGUGCUUUAAUAGAUGGAUAUUGCUUAUGUGGUGAGAUGGAAGAAGCUGAAAAGGUAAUGGAUUUGAUGGUAAAACAUGACCACAAACCUAAUGUGGUUACUUUUAACAGCUUAAUCAAUGGAUAUUCAAAGGCUAAAAAGGUUGACAAAGCUGUGCAUCUUUUCCAAGAAAUGCCACAUAAAGGACUUACUCCUAAUGUUGUCACAUAUAACACUCUAAUUGAUGCUCUAUGCAAGGACAAUCAAGUACGAUUUGCAAGGCAGCUCUUUAAAGAGAUGGAAUCUCAUGCCUUAAAACCAGACGUAAUAACUUAUUCUUCAUUGAUUGACGGCCUAUGUCAAGACGGACUAAUUGACGAGGCAAUACACUUGUUUAAACACAUGAAGCAUAGUUGUGUGCUCCCUAAUAUCAUCACGUACAAUAUUCUAAUUGAUGGCUUGUGUGAAGCUGGGCAACUUGAAGAGGCUCUAAAUAUCUUCUCCUUUCUUGUAGUUAAGGGUUUACCACUAGAUGUUCGUACUUAUAAUGUGAUGAUCAAAGGCCUCUGUAAAAAAGGGCUACUAACUGAUGCGAACGAGCUAUUGAAGAAAAUGGUGAAUGAUGGGUGUCCUCCAAAUGACUUCACCUACAACACAAUCAUUAGGGGAUUUCUUCAUAGUAAUGAUGUCAGCAAGUCUUUAGAGUUUGUCAACAUUAUGACCAGCGAAGGCUUUGCAGCUGAUGCUCACACUACUUCGUUAUUGGUGGAUUUACUCAUAGAUCCUAGAGUCAGCAAAGAAAACAAGGCUUUGCUUCAAAAGUUCUUCAAGAAAUGUGACCAGAAGAAACCAGAGGAAGCUGAAAGAAAAGCAAAAUGCGGGUGUCAAAGCCUUGGUCUAUCUCCACAGCUUGCUGAUUUUGCUCCAUCUCAAAUGGCUUCCAAGCUUGGGGAUGUUUAUGAUCAAGAUUAUGGCACAUCUGGGAAAAUAGCUGGCUUCUCUGCUAAACCAUUCAGGAUUUCACUAACUUCGUACUGUGUUCUUUGUGAAAAUUUGUUUUCAGUAAUUGGAGAUCUGAGGGGAAGUUUGAUAGUGGGGGUUGAAUUGGUCAUUGGCCGUAAAGAUAAAACUCUAGAAACUGGACUGCUGUUUGAGAAACUUAGAGGUACUUGGACUCCUCAUGUCCGAGCUCGGGGUUCUUGUUGGCAAAGGUGGUCUCAUGGAAAUAAUUUCCGAAUAAAACCUCCAAUGUGUUUCAACAAAGAUGUUGCAGAUUUUCUUGUUGAUGCUUUGGACUAUUCCAUGUCAAAUGCUGCUGCUACUGUUAGUUGGCCUCUGAUUGACUGUCCAUGUCACUCCAAGGCUCUGGAGUCUUGGUCUGUCUACACUCCAUCUUUGGCUGUCACGCCAUCCAAUUUUUCGUCCCAUGGAAUAUUAUCAUUCCAGGGUCAUGUUACACCGCCCAUGAACAUUACUUUUUUGAUGAAGCUUUUUGACUGUCAUGCCUGUAUGUACAUUGGGGGAAGUGAAAAGAUGCUUGAAGACAUGUUGACUCAGAUGAUGGACAAAGUUAUAGCUGCUAAUGUGGAGACCUACAAGUUGUUGAUUGACAUAAUGAAGAUGAUUUGGAGAGAUAUGUUGUUGUUGAGGAGUAAAACUGCUGCAAUUCCACUUGUUCAUUCUUCUGGUAUUCUUCUUCCUUUCUUUUCUUCCAAUUUCAGUUUCCAUUUUCAGUUUCUAUUUUCUUGUCGAAAUUACACGAAUGGUGCAACAAAUCAUCAUCUUCAUUUUCAUGUUGAUGACCGUCAAUUGUUUCUAAAAUCUGUGAGACAUGAAUGCAAAUUAGGGUUUCACAAGAUUAAUCAUCCCCUUUCUCUGUUUGAUGCUAUGAUAUCUUUGAGUCCUCUUCCUUCUAUUGUGGAUUUCUGUAUGCUUUUAAGUGCAAUGUGUAAGAUGAAACCCCACCCCCCUUUCUCCAUUGUUAUCUCUCUCUUUAGGCAGCUUCAGCUGUCCGGCAUCUCACCCAAUCUUUAUUCCCUGUCCAUCCUUGCCAAUUGUUACUGCCGCUCUGGGCGUGUUGAUUUCGGGUUUUCUGUUCUCACCAAGCUGUUUAAGAUGGGACAUCAACCUGAUAUUGUCACUUACACUACAUUGAUUAAUGGGCUUAUUCAUUUUGAUCGACUGGACGAAGCUGUUCAACUGCUCGAUAAGACCAUCAAGCUUGGCUUCCGACCUGACAUCUUCACCUACGGGACUAUGUUUAAAGGUCUUUGCAAACGAGGAAACAAUGUUGGUGCUCUUAAGUUGCUUCACACCAUGGAAUCUCAUGGCCAUUGCCUGCCUGAUGUUGUCAUAUAUACUACCAUCAUUGACAGUCUCUGCAAAGAUAAGUUUUUACCUAAAGCCCUCGAACUUUUUGAGGAGAUGAAAAACAAGCGUAUUUCCCCUAAUGUCAUCACUUACAAUACGCUAAUUCGUGGUAUGUGCACUAUGGGGAAGUGGAAAGAUGCUCAAGAGAUGUUGACUCAGAUGUUGGACAACAACAUAGCGGCUGAUGUGGAGACCUAUACCAUGUUUAUUGACAUGUAUUCCAAAGAGGGAAUGGUUGUUGAAGCAAGGGCUAUAUUUGAUUUCAUGAUUGACAAUGGUCAGGUUCCAGAUAUCAUCACUUAUAGUGCUUUAGUGGAUGGAUAUUGCUUAUGUGGUGAGAUGGAAGAGGCUGAAAAGGUAAUGGAUUUGAUGGUAAAACAUGACUGCAAACCUGAUGUGGUUACUUUUAACAGCUUAAUCAAUGGAUAUUCAAAGGCUAAAAAGGUUGACAAAGCUGUGCAUCUUUUCCAAGAAAUGCCACAUAAAGGACUUACUCCUAAUGUUGUCACAUAUAACACUCUAAUUGAUGCUCUGUGCAAGGACAAUCAAGUACAUUUUGCACGCAAGCUCUUUAAAGAUAUGGAAUCUCAUGGCUUAAAACCAAAUGUAGUCACUUAUAGUUCGUUGAUUCAUGGUCUAUGUCAAAAUGCACUGAUUGACGAGGCAUUACACAUGUUUAAUCACAUGAAGAGCAGUGGUGUGCUACCCGAUACUUUCACGUACACUAUCUUUAUUGAUGGCUUGUGUGAAGCUGGCCGACUUGAAGAGGCUGUGAAUAUCUUCUCCUUUCUUGUAGCUAAGGGGUUACCUCUAGAUGAGCAUACCUACACUGCAAUGAUCAAAGGAUUUUGUAAGAAAGGGCUACUAACUGAUGCCAACGAGCUAUUAAAGAAAAUGGUAGCUGAUGGGUGUUCUCCAAAUGACUGCACCUACAAUACAAUCAUCAGGGGCUUUCUUCAUAGUAAUGAUGUCAGCAAGGCUUUGGAGUUUGUCAGCAUUAUGACCAGCGAUGGAUUUGCAGCGGAUGCUCACACCACUUCGUUAUUUGUGGACUUACUCAUAGAUCCCAGAGUUAGCAAAGAAAACAAGGCUUUGCUUAAAAAAUUCUUCAAGAAAUGAGUAAGUCCUUUGUAGAUGCAGAAGCUAUCAUAGUCAGUCUUACAUGUGUUUAUCAACUUUCUGUGUGAAAGUCAGUUCAGGGAGGCAAAAAUCUUCAUAUUGAUGGCUUGCAUUCCUUCCCUACACUUGCCCACCUUCAAAUGUACAAUCAAUGUAUUUUCUAAAUUCAUAUGCAUUCUGAAAGUGAAAUUUGUUUCAACUCACAAACCAAAAUUGAUUACGAAACUUUUGUACGAAGAACUUGAUGCUUAUUGGAGUUCCAAGGAUGUAGUUGCGUUCUCCUUCGAACACCAAUGUUACAAGUUUAUGUACUAGAAUAUACUGUGCUGUUUCUUGAUUGCUUUUGUACAAGCUACAAGGCAUCAUCCUGUUCCUGAACCAUUGCACCAUUACACUUGAUAUUCGUUUCUGAAUGAAGAUUUAUCUUUUUUUC